AUGGCGCUUUUUACAUUACGAUUUUUGCCCCUGGUUUCUAUUGCAACCAUUACAAUCUAUACGCUAUCACGGUUUAUGAACUUUGAAAAAGAAAGCACCAGGGUAUGGACAUAUUCAAUUGCCUUUGCCGUUUAUGUGCUGUACUGGUCGUACAUUUACCCCUACUAUCUAUCUCCCCUCCGACAUGUUCCUACAGUAUCAGGAUGUCCAUUGUGGGGUCAAAUAUUCAAGAUCAGCAGAACCGAAGCUGGUACGGCCCAUCGGGAGUGGCAUAAAAACCAUGGCCCUAUUGUUCGAUACUUUUACCUCCUUGGAACGGAGGUCCUGUCUGUGGUGGACGACUCUGCAAUCAAGCAUAUCAUGCUCGAAGCUCCAUACAACUAUGAAAGAAACAUCAGCCUUAGAGUAGCAUUUUCUCGGAUAUUUGGAGAUGGCAUUUUCUCGGCAGCAGGAGAAGUGCAUGCCAAACAGCGAAAGGCACUCAACCCUGCUUUCUCUAUAAGCGCAAUUAAAGCACUUGUUCCGGCCUUCUGGCAAUAUUCCUACGCUAUGUCUAACUACUGGGAGCAGGAAAUCAAUGAUAGCAGGGAUGACAUUGUUUCUCUGAAUAUUUCAGACUGGACCUCGCGAGCUAGUCUCGAUAUCAUUACCGCUGUUGGCUUUGGGGUCAAGCUCAACACACUUCACAAUCCAGGUGCACCUGUGCUACAGGCAUUCCGCCAAGUCUUCAAAUUCAAUGCUGCCACGGGACUCAUAACUGUGCUCCAUAUUCUGUCCCCACUUGCUCGGUAUAUUCCUACAGCAGCAAAUCGUGAUGUCGAUGUAGCCAAGCGCACCCUUUUUGAAUUUGCAUCAGCUCUGAUCAAGGACAAAGAGGCUAUUCCUGAUUUGACCAGUACUAGCAUAUUGUCCCAAAUUGUCCGUGAUGACAGGAAGCUUGAAGAUGUGGACGAGGACAUGAAUAUAAAGUGCGCUCAAAUUGCCACUUUUCUUGGAGCGGGCCAAGAUACAAGUGCCACCUGGUUGUCAUGGACUCUCCAUCUUCUUAGCAAGCACCAACACAUACAAGUUAAGCUGCGCGAGGAGAUACGUUCUCAUUUCCCCUUCCUCUUUAGAAGCGCCACGUGGGAACAUGCCAAUUUUACGGAAGCCAAUGUGGAUCGUCUACCAUAUCUCAAUAAUGUUUGUCGUGAGUCCUUGAGAUACAUUCCUCCUGUGCCCAUCGUGCCACGCGAGACUGUAACGGAUGAAAGGAUUGGGGAGUAUUUUAUUCCGAAGGGCACCUCUAUCUGUAUCCCAGUCAAUACGAUCCACCGGAUGCCCGAAUAUUGGGGACCUAACCCCAAUGCCUUUGAUCCAGACAGAUGGGACUGUCUUCCAGCCUCUUACACGAAUAACUCCUUCAUUCCAUUCAGCCAUGGACCUCGUGGUUGCAUAGGCCGCAAAUUUGCUGACACGGAGGCGAAGAUAAUGCUCUGUUGUCUCUUAAGCAAAUUCGAGUUCGCUCCUGACCCUGCCGUCCGAGAUCCGGAGGAGCUAAAAAGAUAUCGGAUCCUCCUAAAACCACGAGACGGGAUUCAGCUUAAGGUCAGCAAGAUUGAUGCAUAG